CGUGUGUGAGUGUGUGUGUGUGAGAGCGUGGGAGCAGCGCGCGCGCGAUGGCUGCGGGCUCGGGGUCGCGCGGACAGGGUCGGGGUGUGUGUGUGAAGCUGCUGUGUGUGUGGAGUGUGUGUUCAGCGCUGACCGCCGCCUACCUGCUCUACCUGCCUCUUCCCGGAACCAUCAGCGAGCCCCUCAAACUGAUGAUCGUGGCCGCAGCUUUCAGAGGGGUCUCGAGCCUGGGUGAUAUGGGACAGUCUCUAGGGGUGGUCCAUCAUAUCCGGCUGAUAAAUUCUGCUAUAACAGGGUUUGAGAGUCUGGUUCCGCUGGACUAUGAGGAGGUCCAGGUGGAGGAUCUGGAGUUCAGUGGGGUUCAGGUGAGGCUGUACCAGCCUGGCACAGACGCCCAGCCCGGCCUGCGGAGGGCAGUGGUGUUCAUCCAUGGAGGAGGAUGGUCUCUGGGAGUUCCAAAGGUAGGCUCGUAUGACCUGCUCUGCAGGAAGAUGGCGGUUAAGCUGAAUGCUGUGGUGGUCACUGUAGAUUACCGCAUGGCUCCUGAUGUGCGCUUCCCAGUGCAGUUUGAGGAAUGUCUUCAGGCCUCCAGGUUCUUCCUGCAGCCAGAGGUUCUGCAGCGGUACUCCGUGGACCCUCAGCGCGUGGCCGUGUGUGGAGACAGUGCAGGGGGGAACCUUGCAGCCGCAGUCGCCCAACAGAUUGGCAAAGACAACAGCACUGCUGAAAAAUUCAAGCUUCAGGUUUUGAUCUAUCCUGUGCUACAACCUCUGGACUUCAACACAGCAUCCUAUCAGCAGAACCAAAGAAUUCCCAUCCUGUAUAGAGAGCUGAUGGCUCAUUACUGGCUGGAGUAUCUGGGAGCAGAUCCAGAUCUCAUACACUCUCUUCUUCUGAACAACCACACAGCCCGGGACCAGAAACUAUUGGAACCGCACAGAGCCAAAAUCGACUGGACCAAAAUGAUUCCCAAAGACAAGAAGAAAGAAUACAAGCCUGUGGUUCCCUCAAAGGGUUCUCCGGGGAUUUUACAGCAGGUUCCGGCACUCCUGGACGUUCGAGCCGCUCCUCUGCUGGCGGAUUUGGAGGUGCUGAAGUUUGCUCCUCGUGCUUACAUCAUGACCGGUGAGCACGAUGUACUGAGAGAUGAUGGACUGAUGUAUACCCACAGGCUGCAGCAGGCUGGCGUCUCCGUUACCAACCACCAUUAUGAAGGUGGUUUCCAUGGUUGUGUAAGCUUCGCUUUCUGGCCUUCAUACUUUGAUGUUGGAAUCCGGGCGGUGGACGACUACAUCGCCUGGCUUCAGGAACAUCUAUAAUCUUGCUUUACACCAGUGCUUCCCAUUAGCCCUGUCCUGCAUUGCUGUGGAGUUUUUUUCUUGUUUUAAUGCAUCAGAAAAUAAUGUUUCCAGACUUCACAAACAAAAGUGUUCUUCUGUAGCUACUGUUGUAAGGUGGGGUAAGCUUUACAGAACUUUACUCAGCUCUGCCAAUGCAAAAAAAUAAGUUAAGCACCAAAGUGGUUCUUUGCGUUAACAUGGUUCCAAAUAAAUCCAAUGGUUUACUCCAGAACCCUUGAAGAAUCCUUCUGUGUUUUGAUCAGAUGUUUAUUCUUAAUAAUAAACUAAAUAUAGGUUAUACAUUUAGUGAUAUACACUGAGGUGGAGCUGCAGUCUCUCAUAAGGGUUAAUAUGUACAGGGGUUGGACAAUGAAACUGAAACACCUGGUUUUAGACCCCAAUAUUUUUUUGUCCCAACAGACAGUUCUGGUGGAAACAGAAGAGUUGAGGUGUACAUUGAAUUCUGCUGUGAUUUGAUCAGCCAUGGUUUUGUGUUUUUUGGAUACAAUCUGGGUUAGCACCCGAACAUCCCUUUCAGACAGCUUCCUAAUGUGUCCACAGUUAAUCCUGUUGGAUGUGGUUCGUCCUUCUUGCUGGUAUGCUGACAUUACCCUGGAUACCGUGGCUCUUGAUACAUCAAAAAAGACUUGCUGUCUUGGUAACAGAUGCGCCAGCAAGACGUGCACCAACAAUUUGUCCUCUUUUGGUCCAAUUUAGCCAUGAAACCUCCCACACUAAAAUGACAGGUGUUUCAGUUUCAUUGCCCAACCCCUGUAUAUCCUUCUUUAAAACUGUUCUUCAGUGGUCAGGAGAAUGAGAGAAACAAGGUAUUGUAAUAAACACUGAGUUGCAGAGCUGCAUCAGUCUGUUAAAGCUUGUUCUACUUGUUGUACAGGAGUAGGUAUUUUAAAAUCUAUUUCUGGGUGGAGCCUGAAGAGAUGAAUGAACAAAAGCAGUUCUUGAUGUUUUUAAGGGCGGGCUGGGAAUGUUACCCUCUACACUCCAUACAUUUCUACAAACUCACUGAGGAGGACCAGAUCAGAGUUGAGCAACUUUUCAGAACUUUCUCAUCUGCUUACCGUCCAGCUGUGUGGGAACAAGAGUUGACCAAAGGUUCUCAUAACAUAAGUGAAAAUUGACAGGUCCAGUUAAAUUAAUCAGCUUAUUUUGAAACCAUAUCGCUGCUUACAAAUGAUUCAUAUUACUCAAAGUAUUCAUGUAUGUUGUUUGUUUACAGUCUCUAUACUUCUUUCAGAUAAUCACUCAUAUGUGUUUCUACUGUUGUGUAUCUAAAAUGAUUGUUAUUGUAUUUUUGUUAUUAUUAAUAAUGUGUGCUGGUUAACUGUAAUGUAUAAGAACACUGAGCUGUAAAGUUUAUCUUGUGUAUUUAAUAAUAAAGAGACAAAUAAUGGAA